AUGUUGUGGGUUGAUAAGCACCGACCGCGCCAACUCGCGCAGCUGGACUAUCAUGAGCCUCUGACCAACCAGCUGCAGAAAAUGGCCACUGCAGGGGAUUUCCCGCAUCUGCUUUUCUUUGGCCCCACGGGAGCCGGCAAGAAGACCCGAAUCAUGGCCCUUCUUCGUGAAUUGUUCGAUGCCGGUGUGGAAAAGCUGAAAAUCGAUCACAGAGACUUUAAGGUGUGCCUCUUUCCCCAUAGCUGCAGUUCAUGA